AUGGUAAUUCACUUCCUUCAAUCGAUUAGUACACCAAUUUUACCAAAUUUACACACUAAAUCACCUCAACUAUUAAAUAGCUAUUCAACAAAUCCAAUUUUAAAACGAAUUGAUUCUUUUGAAUUUUAUGAAUUUAAAAGUUUUGAUAAGUUUGAUUCAAGUAAAAAUAAAUUAAAAAUUGAUCAACUUUUCUACCUAUUCUUUAACUACUAUUCAAUUUUCAACUACAAAGAGAAUAUUAUUUCAAUCAGUCAUUCAAGUGGCGGCGGUUCAUUAUGUAAAAAUGGCCCACUACUUAAAAGAUCAUCCCUUGUUAAUGAAGCUUUGCUAAAAAGUACUAUGAUCGUAUUGGAUCCAUUUAUAACAGAUAGAAAUAUUGCUUCUUCAAUCCAAAAUUCUUUCUUUAGAAUUAUUAUUGAAUUUAUUCAUAUGGAAAACUCAAUAAGAUUAAAAAAGUUUAAAGAUAUUAAUGAAUUAUUCAAAGAUAUAUCACUUCCAACACUAGUUUCAUUGUUACCGAUUACAAAUACAACUACAAAUACCAAUAUUACAAAAACAGUUGCACCAACUCCAACUUCAACUACAAAUUCAACUUCAAAACCAGCUCCACCAACUACAACAACAACUACAAAUUCAACCUCAAAACCAACUCCACUAACAACUAAAACUUCAAAACCAGCUACAAUAAAUGUUGAAAAAGGUUUAGAAAAUAGUUUAUUAAUGAAAAUAUUUCAAAAUCCACAGAAUGUUGUUUUUAUUCUCAGUGAAUUGGAAAAUUUAUUAAAAAAUGAAAACAAUAUCCGAAAUCAAUUAAACAAAUUAAAAAAAAUCAUUGAAGAAGAAAAAGACUCAUUUAGUCAACAGAUUAGUAAUUGUAAUAAAACUCUAAAACAAUUGAUUCCCUCUGAAAAUACAAGUUGUAAAAGUUCUGUCAAUUUGAUAUUUCAAAAAACAUUAACAUUAAUGGCUUUAAUAGAGUUUAAUCAUCACUACCAGUAUAUAGAGUUAAGGAAUUUAACAAAAGAUAAUAGAACUAAUUUCAAUGAUUUAAAUAGUGAAUUAGCAAAAAGCAAAAUUAAAUUCGAUCCAAAGAGUAUAAAAGAGGAUAAAAUUACAAUGAUUAAAGAUUUUCGAUCAAAGAUCUCUUCAAUAAUAAAGAUUCCAACUUUUCAAUUGAAUGAAUCUGAAAGAUUAGAAACUGUUAUAGAAUUAUUAUUUAAUGAAAUUCAUCAAUUAUUUCAAAUGGAAACAGGUUCUGUAUUCGUGAUACAAAAAUCAAAAAAUAAUAAUAAUAAUAAUAAUAAUAAUAAGGCUAAUUACAUAUACGAUUAUGUUGAUGUAAUGUCAAUAAGUCCAGAAGAAACAUUAAAUCUAAUUUUAAGUUGUCAACCUUCGAAAAUACCAUUGCUAAGAGCAACUGGUAUUGAUGAAUUAUCAGAUAAUUUUACAGGAGAUAAACAAUAUCAAAACUUAAUGAGACCAUUAAUUUUCGAUGACUUUAGAGCUCAAGUUGAAAAUGGAAUUAAUGCACUCAAUGGGAUCAUUCUAAGUAAAAAAGAUGGUACUUUAGAAGGUUUCGAUAAAAUUAAAAUGAAUGAAUCAAUUGAGGUUGUCCAAAGAAGUCGUCAAACUGAAUUUGAAACUGUUGAGCUUAUCAUUCAUGGUAAUAGAAAUAAAUUGGAAGAAAUUUCAGUAGGUGAUAUAUUACUAUUCAAAGUAAUAGGCUUAGAUGGCACAAAGUUUAUAUUUGGAAUAGUAAGAAAAACUUCAAAUUUAAUGCAAGGUAGCCUACAUCAACAAUCAAUAGUUUGUGAUUUGUUUGAUUCAAAUCCAACAUAUGUUUUUACUUUAUCAUUAAAUCCAAGCACUAGAUCAUCAAUUGAUUAUAUUAAAAUUUCAAAUAGUGUAACAUUCAUUAGAACCAUUCAAGAAUUUAAGGCAUCACCAUUUAUUAAAAAUCUUAUUUAUAAUCCAGGACAUAAUAAUAAUAAUAAUAAUAAUUCGAACCAAAAAAUGAUGAAAUUCCCACCAACCUUGGAAACAAUUUGUAAAGAAAAAUUAAAUGAAUCACAACUUAAUGCUAUUAAAUCAUCUUUAGUUGAGAGUGGUAUAACAUUGAUUCAAGGUCCACCAGGUACAGGUAAAACCACAACCAUCAAUUAUUUACUUUCAGUUUUAUUAGCUAUUGACAAAAAGUUCAAAAUUUUGGUAUGUGGUCCUUCACAUGCAUCAGUAGAUGAAGUUGCAAAAAGAUGUUUAAAAAAUCUAUUAAAUAGUGAUGGUCAAAAUUUUAAACCGAACAUGGUUAGAACUGGCAGAAAAGAAAAAAUAUCACCAGAAUGUCAAAAAAUUUCUCUUAAAAAUAAAAAUUCAUCAAGAAGAAUUAACCUCAUCAAGUCAACCUCUAUUGUUUUCUCAACUUUAGCUGGAAGUGGUUCAAAGGCUAUUUUUGAAAACUUUUCUCCAGAUAUUGUUUUGAUUGAUGAAUCUACACAAUCUUCAGAACCAACCUCAAUUAUUCCACUAUCAUUAGGUUCUAUUAAAAAGUUAAUUUUAGUUGGUGACCCAGUUCAAUUAGCACCAACUAUUUUUUCAAAAGAUGGUGCUGACUGUGGUUUAAAAAUAUCAUUAUUUGAAAGAUUAGCCAAAUCGAUCGAUGUCCAAUUUUUAAAUACACAAUAUCGUAUGCAUCCAGUGAUAUCAAAAUUCAUAUCUGAAGAAUUCUAUAACGGAACUUUAAAAGAUGGUGAAAAUGUUUCGAUAGACUCCUUUAACAAUUGUAAAUUCCAUUUCGAUCCUUCAUUCGGGCCAAUGAAAUUUUUUAAUUUACCAAAAUCAGAUCAAAUAGUUAUUAAAAAAUCCAUAAUGAAUCAAGAUGAAAUUGAUAAGGUAUUUACUUUAAUAAAGGAACUAAUUGAAAAAUAUCCAGAAUGUAAAAAGCUAUCAUUUGGUAUAAUUACUCCCUAUAAAUUACAAAUGAUUCAAAUCAAAGAACAAUUAAACAGAUCUGAACAUCGUUAUUUAAAUAUUUCAGUUUCAACAAUUGAUGGUGUUCAAGGUUCAGAAAAAGAUAUCAUUAUCAUGUCAUGUGUAAGAUGUACCGAAAAAUAUGGAAUUGGUUUCCUCUCAGAUCGUAGACGUAUCAAUGUAGCACUAACAAGAGCCAAGUUAGGUUUAUACGUUAUUGGUACCUCUUGGGUCUUAGAAAAAGAUAAUACUUGGGGAAAUUUUUUAAAAUACUCAACAAUUGAUUUUGAUCAGAUAUAUAAAUCAAAUCAAAUAAAUAAUAAUUCAAUUCAAUCAAUUCAAAACUCUAACCAAGACAACAAAGAUAAUCAUAAUAAUAAUACUAUUGAUAAUAAAAGUGAAAAUGAAAAUGAAAAUGAAAAUAAAAAUGAAAAUGAAAAUAAAAAUAAAAAUGAAAAUGAAAAUGAAAACGAAAACGAAAAUAAAAAUGAAAAUAAAAAUGAAAAUGAAAAUGAAAAUAAAAAAGAAAAUGAAAAUCAAUUAGAGAUAAAGAAUGAAAAUAAUGGUGGAGAAAUAACAAAUAAUAAUAAUAAUAAUAAUAAUCAUGAUGACAAUAAUGAUGAUAGUGAUGAACAAAGUGAAGAUGAAUUUUUUGUUGUACCCAAGGGUGGAAAUGAUGAGGAGGAUGACUUUUAUGAUGAUGAAGAAAUGGAUAACAAUGAUGAUGAAAUGGAUAACAAUGACGAUGAUGAAAUGGGCAACAACGACAAAGAAAAUAAAAAUCAUGAUAAUAAAAAAUAA